GCAAUAAGUGUGCCAAGUUUCAGGAGAAUUGGCUGACCCCCAUGUAGCACCCACUGCCUGGUUUUCUCGUGGACACACUCUUAAAUUGUACACGGCAUUGUAUUCGCAUGUGAAGCUCGGAAUAAAAAGGACAUAGUUAUGAUGUCAAUUGAACUUUUACUUUUAAAUCAACUGACAAAGAUAACAGCUGCGUACAUUCCAGGGCAUGAGUGUUGCAGYUUUAUGUCUCCUUGAAAGGGUCUAGUACAUUUCUUUCUACCGUGAACAAAUGCUUGUUUGGUGCCAAAACGACUUCGAUAUUGUCCCGAUCCAUUGAAUUAUAUAAAAAUAAAAUAUAAACAGUGCAUGACUUCUACUGAAGAUAAACUUUCUAGUGCACAACUGUGCACAAAAUCAGUGUCUGCCUUCCUACGUUGACGUCCUUUAUUUUAUUCUAUGCAAUAUAUCGUUUCACAAAAGUACUUUUCAUUUAUUCCCAUCUUGGAUCCUUUCCAUUUUCCUGAUUGUGUCUUGAAAGACUAUCUCCUAUGUUUGCUUUUCGGUAUACAUGAUACAUGAUACUUGACAUGAUACUUGUAUCACUGCAUCUAUCACCUCCCUCGGUGCGGCCGGAGAGUACGGCUAGAAGCUUGGGGAUUCUUCUUAAGAUGCACUCCAUAGCCUUGUGGUCAUAAACAUAUAUGUUGAAUGACAUGAAUGUCAGCGUGAACUUGGGGAUAAAAAUGGGGUAAUUAGACAUAUAGGUUUGUAGAUGGGCUAUAAAAAAUUACUUCUWUAGGAUACCGAGAGUACUACAUGAGCAUCUAAGAAUUUACGAAGAGAUUGGUGGAAGUUAAACCGACAUUGGAAUAAACUAAAAUUAACAGUGAAAAKAACUGAUAAGAGGAACAAGCCUGUGUUGUAUAGUUUGGCACAUUUCAUAGGAGGGGCUGUCGGGUUUAUGGGUGAGAUGUCAUGUUCUUAUGUGUCCGACAGAUGAAUGUAGCAAGUGCAGUUCACAGUUUUUUGAAAAGCAUUUCCAAGGGCCUAAAUGAUGUAAGCUCCUAAAAUUGUGCAUCAAAAAACAAACGGACAAAAACACACAAUAGAAUAAUUGCUUGUCAGAUUGUCAGUUCAAUAUCCCAUUUCCAGGGAAUAGGUUUGAAUUAUUAGAGAGCUUCAGAUACGACGACGAGUCCGAGUACGACUACGAGAUUUGACCGCGCGGAAACUGGGUUGAGAUAUGACGUCUUCAUUGUUGUUGUCAGCAAAAUAUUGUUCAGAUGUUGMAAGCGAGAGAGUACGACUGCGACUUUACUAUUUACUACUUCGGCUGAUUUCAAAGUAUUAUAUGUUGCUAUGUUUAGCAAGAAAUCAAUUAACAUGUGCAUGGCACAUUUGUUUGAUGAAGAUUUUUUGGAUGAAGUUGAGUUUCUUGCGAUUUACGACUGCAUAAAUAAGAAAAAUCCCUGCAUUCCGUACUCUGAUUACAGGCGAUUUGAUCUGGACAGUAUGACUGAAGAUGAAUGUAAAACGGAAUUUCGUUUCGGUAAAGCCGAAAUAGGUUUGUUGGCAGAGGCAAUGGGUAUUCCAGACAAUUUUACAUGCUCCAAUGGCACAAAAGCUUCUGGAAUUGAGGGACUUUGUGUCGUUUUGAAGAGAUACUCGUACCCGUGUCGAUAUGUGGACAUGGUACCAAGGUUUGGGCGAUCAAUCCCAGAGCUAUGUGAGAUAGCAUCUGAGGUAUCUGACUUCAUUUAUAACAAUCAUGGUUACCUACUAAACACGCUAAACCAGCCUUGGUUGUCGCCUGACCAUCUACAGAGUUUUGCAGACGCAAUUCAUGACAGGAAGGUAAGCGUCAUGAUGGUGGUUUACUUAGAAUGUCAGGGCUUCUUCAUCAAAUGGAUCAAUAUGCAAUAUCACCUGCCUUAGAGCUGUUGUGCGUYUAUGGGGAUUCAGCAUACCCACUUAAAGUGCAUUUACAAACACCCUUUCAGAAUGCACAGUUGACAGCUGCACAACAAGCCU